GAAUAUCAGCGUCGGUUUGUUAUUUGAAGGGUUGGUGGUGCUGUUAUAGUGACGUGAGAAUACUGGUGGUAUUCGGAAAUAGGUUUUGGAUAUUAUACCGUUUGAAGUUUGGUUGAGAAAUGGCACGUACAAAGCAAACUGCACGUAAAUCCACUGGUGGAAAGGCUCCCCGUAAGCAAUUGGCCACGAAAGCAGCGCGCAAAAGUGCGCCUUCCACAGGUGGAGUGAAAAAACCUCAUCGUUACAGGCCAGGUACUGUGGCACUUCGAGAAAUUAGACGAUACCAGAAAUCGACAGAGUUGCUGAUCCGGAAAUUGCCAUUCCAGCGUCUCGUUCGUGAGAUCGCACAAGACUUCAAGACAGAUCUUCGCUUCCAGAGUGCUGCCAUAGGCGCUCUUCAGGAAGCCAGUGAGGCCUACUUGGUGGGUCUUUUUGAAGACACUAACCUGUGUGCUAUUCAUGCCAAGCGCGUGACCAUCAUGCCAAAGGACAUUCAGCUUGCUCGACGAAUCCGCGGUGAACGUGCUUAAACAGUUAUAGCUUAAAGACUUAAGAAUUUCUGUAUCAGGAUAUGUGGUGGGUAUCCUGAUAUCACAGGAUCAGUCAUUGUCAUUCAGUUCAUCUCCACAGUCAUUUGUAUUCAAUUACAUAAACCCCCUACAAAUACACUGCCAAGGGUUGGAUGGUACUCAGUUUUGCACUGCUUGUGGUUCAUUUGAGUUGGCUAAACAUAAUGGUGGCAUUGUGAGUUCCCACAAGUUCUUUGCAAUGUUGACCUUUUUGUGUCUGUACGAUCAAGUACUGUAUACAGUUAGUGUCUUUCUGGAGCAAAUUAAUUCUUGAAUGGCUUGAUAAGAUGGUAAUAUUUAGUGGGUGUACGUAAUGCAGUAAAUCUCGACAUUACUGACAGAUUUGAGUUCUUAGUUACAAGUGACAUAUUAUCUUGUGUUGUGAUUCUGUCAUGACCAAAUUUGGUCAAAAUUUUUAGUAAUUAGUAAGAACUUCUUUGCAUAUCUUUUUGUACUAGUAGUGCUGGUGUUUCAAUUAGAUGUAGUUAAUGUAUUCAUCAUUCCUGUGGAAAGGGAGUUGCGUUGUGUUUAAAAUGCAGAAAUUUGAGAAGUAUUUUACAUUUACAUCUUGGUGUUUUUACAGAUAUUGAUAACCAUUGAUUAGGAAGUAUACAUAGCAACUCUCAGAUUACCAGGUUAUACAAAUAGAUCUCCAUUUUAUUUGUGCAGUAUUCAUGUUAAUUACAAUUGAAAUAAAUAUAAUUUAACACUUCAUA